AUGGCCGACAUCAUCCUGUCGACAAGCAAGUUCGGGCAGGGGGAGGCGAUUCCACUACUUGUCACGCUGCCGCCGCCCGCCGGACCCUUCGAACGCGCCCAGCGCGCGCUCUGCCGGGCCGCCAGAGCCCCGCCCGUAACGCUCACCGCCUACCGCCCUGCGCCCCCACCUGGCGCGCCAUGCCCGCGAUGCGGGCGCCCGGUCCACAGCUUCCGCGCACGGACCCGCCGCCGCGGGGCGCUGGAACUGCGCUGCAGCCAGCGGCGCUGCUCCACAGAGCUCCCGCGCGCCGUCGCGGCAGUGACGUGCCUUGUGGACGCUGUCACGCGCGGCCUGGCGUGCUGGGCCGCGGGGCUGGCCGGCCGCGCGGCCCGCGCGGCGGUGCGGAGCGAGCGCGUCCCGCUGCACGCCGUCGACGGCGCGGAGGACACGUGGCGGGGGUUUCUGAGUUCUACCCCGAAUGACCCCCCCGGCGCGGUCCGACUGGAGGCGCGGCGGCGCCUCUGGCCCGAGCUGGCCCCGGCGCGCGAGCUCGUCGUCCUCAAGGAGCGAGACUACGCGGAGGAGGAGGUUUGGCUGCGGGGUGAGGCUGGUGCGACGGCGCCGGCGGUCCCGGAGCCGUCGAGCGAAGAGGUGGCGGCCAUGGCGCGCGUGCGCUCGCGGAACACGAGCCCCCGCUCGUGGGAGGGCCCCGCGGCCGCCCCGAUGCACGUCACGGCCGCGGCGGGGGUCACGGCGCGGUACGGGGUGCGGCGGAGGUACUGCGGGGGACUCCCGCCAGGGGCGGGGGAGUAUUACUUCCACGAGGGCCUGGACCUCGCCGCGCUGUACGGCAUGGCGGUGCGCGCGUGCUACGGCGGCGUGGUCGCGCUGGUGCGUCCGCCGGAGCGAGCGUUCCCAGUCGCGGGCGCGUGCGUGGCGAUAGACCACGGCGAGGGUGUGGUGUCGCUGUACCAGCACCUGUCGGACGUGGAGGUGCGGGUCGGGCAGCGCGUGCACAGCGGCGACGCGGUGGGGCGCGUGGGGUCGACGGGGCGGUCGAGCGGCCCGCAUGUGCACUGGGGGGUGUAUUGCAACGGGCGGGCGGUGAACCCGCUGUGCUGGGCCGACGGGCGCGGGAUGUCGCGGUGGAUGGCGCGCGGCGCGCGGACGUGGCGGGAGGAGCCGCCGCUCGCGGUGGAGGACGCGUCGGCGGAGGGGGCGGGGCGGGGGAGCGACGCAGCGGCGCAGGAGCGCUGGAGAGCGUCGCUGCUGGGGCUGGGCGUGGAUGCGUCGGGGAAGGUCGAGGGGCGCACGGUGCUCGACUGGCCGAUGUGGCUCAUAUAG